AUAUCGAAAAGUGAAUAAUGAAUGAAUCAUUACUUUGUAGUAAUAAUGAUGAUAAAUUAUGGCGCCUGUCAUUUAAUAACACCAAAGUGACAGUGUGGAAUUUUAUUAUACUGUCAAAUCAAUUUAAAAUUAAUAAAAAUAUUUAAACUAUUGAUGUACACACAAACAAUCAAAAUGCCAGUCCAAAAGGAUUCAAAUAUUGUUAAAAUUGCUGUUGAAAUGGCAGAUCAAAUGCCACAGCUUAUUGAAUUUAAUCAAAAACAACCUUUGACAGGAAUAAUUCAGGAUCUUUGCAAUGAAUGGGAUCUUACUGAUCCAGAAACUUAUUCAUUACAAUUUUCAGAAGUAAAUAAUCAAAAUUAUAUAACUGAAAAAAAUCGUAAUGAAGUUAAAAAUGGAAGUAUAUUACGUUUAUCACAUUCACCAUCAAAAACAGCAAGUGAUGUAUUAUCAAAAUUAAAUUCUGAUGUACAAGAUGAUAAACAAUUAGGUUUUACAAAAUUAAGUACACUAAGUACAGAUAUAACAUUUGCUCAUGAAUUUAUAAAUAAACAAGGUCUUGCAUUGAUAAUAUCACAAAUUGAAACAUCAAAAUUAAAAGAUAAUUGUCUUGCAAAUGCUCUACUAUCAUUUGUACAAUUAAUGGAUCAUGGUAUUGUAUCAUGGGAUAUAUUAGAACCACCAUUUAUAAAUAAAGUAUCAAGUUAUGUUAAUAGCCAAGCAACAUCACAAGAUACAAAAAUUAUUGGUUCAUCAUUAAGUAUACUUGAAAAUAUUGUAUUAAAUUCAUCAAGUAAAUAUAGCCUUGUUGAAAAAGAUGUUACACUACAAAAUCUUGUAAUGCAUUUACAAAGUAUGAGUACACAAAUACAACAAAAUACAAUUGCAUUAAUAAAUGGUUUAUUUUUAAAAGCUGAUAUUAAUAAAAGACGUAUUAUUGCAAAUACAUUACAAUCAAAACAAGUUAGAAAUAUAUUUCUAUCAAAUGUAUUACAAUCAAGUGGUAAAGUUGGUACUGAAAUGGCACAUCAGCUGUAUGUAUUACAAAUGUUAGUGUUAAGUUUAUUAGAACAAAGAAUGAUGACUAAAAUGGAUCCACAAGAUCAAGAUGCACAUGAUAAAAUAAAAGAAUUACGUAAAAUUGCAUUUGACACUGAGGGUUUUACAAAUAAUGAUGUAUCAUCAAGAAAACAAGGACAUGCUAAAGAUUAUAAAAAACUUGGCUUUAAAUCAGAUAUUAAUCCAGCAUUAGAUUUUACUGGUACACCACCAGGUAUGUUGGCACUUGAUUGUAUGAUUUAUUUUGCUAGAAAUCAUACUGAAUCAUAUACUAAAGUUGUACUUGAACAUUCAUGUCGUGCUGAUGAACAUGAAUGUCCAUUUGGUCGUACAAGUAUUGAACUUGUUAAAUUAUUAUGUCAAAUAUUAAGAAUUGGUGAAGCACCAAGUGAACAAAGUUGUCAAUAUCAUACAAUGUUUUUUACUCAUGAUAAUCCAUUUGAAGAAUUUUAUUGUACUUGUGUUAUAUUAUUAAAUAAAACAUGGAAAGAAAUGCGUGCAACAACUGAAGAUUUUGUUAAAGUAUUUUCAGUUGUUAAAGAACAAGUAACACGUGCUAUGAAUCGUUCACCAAAUAAUUUUGAUAAAUUUAAAAAUGAACUUCAACAAUUACCAUAUUCAAAAAUAACAAAUUUAUGGCAACAAGAAAGAACAAGUCGUGAAGAAUGGGAAAGUCAUACUAAAGCUAUUGUUGAGCUACGAGAAAUUAUUAAACCAGAAAUACUUGAACUUAUACAAGAACAUAGAUUAAAAUUUCUUUUUGAUGGUACAAGAUUUACAAAAUAUACUGAUAAAGGACAAAGAAUAAAAGAUAAAUUUUGGUAUGUACGUUUAUCACCAAAUCAUAAAGUAUUUCAUUAUGGUGAUUGUGAUGAAAAAUCAGUUCCAUCAAUUGAUGAUCUUCUUAUGAAAUUACCAAUUGUUGAUAUACGAGAUUUUAAAACUGGUCGUGAUUGUCCACAUAUGAAAGAAUUAAAAGGACGAAAAACAACUCAUCAAUUGGCAUUUUCAUUAAUUAAAGAUCCAGUUGAAGCAUCAGCUUCAAAUUUAAAUUUUGUUGCACCUGAUGAAACAACUUAUGAUUAUUGGGUUGAUGGUAUCAAUGCAUUAUUAGGAAAAAAAAUGACAAGCAAAAUAACAGAAAAUGAUCUUGAAACAUUACUUUCAAUGGAUAUAAAAUUGAGACUUCUUGAUGCUGAAGGUAUUGAUAUACCUCAGGAUCCACCACCAAUUCCAGAACCACCAGCAAAUUAUGAAUUUUCUUAUCAGUAAAUUACGACAAGCUUACAUUAAUAAGAUUUAAUAAAUUUAUUACAUUACUUUAUAUAUAUUAAAAAAAAUUAAACAGAUAAAUCUUCAUCGUAUUUUUACAAAUUCAACAUCAUUAUUUAUCAAACAUUUUAAAAAAUAAUCUAGCACCAAAGAUAUUUGCAAUUAAAUUCAUAAAGAAUUUUUUUUCUAUUUAUAUAUAUUUGAAAUUUAUUUUCUACUCUGUAAACCUGUUUUUUUUAUUUUUUUUAUAACAAACUUGAAUUUUUUAUAAAUAAUUUUUCACACAAGUUGGUGCCAAUGCUUAAUAAUUAAAAAAAAAAAAAAAGAAUUUUUUGUAUUAAUAUAAUCCAAAUAAUAUAUAUUUAAGAAAUAAAUUUAUACUCAAUAUUAUUAAUUAACAAAAUAGAUUAGAAAAUUUAUUUACGAUUAAUAAAAAUAUAAUUAAAUCUAAAAAGUCAAUCGAUUAUAAUUUAUACAGCAAUAAACUAAUGAAAAGAGAAAAAGACA